AUGAAAAGCACACGGAGCGAAGGAUCCUUCGUGUCGGUGCUAGUCCGCGCCAGACCCCCCCUUGCGCCUGAGGCUCCUUACGGCCAUUGUGCCCGUACUGAAGGGAGGAAAGUCCUGCUGACCACCACCGCUGAGGAGGGGCCAACCCACCGGAAGAACAGGCAGCCACAACGUACCCGCACAGUGGAGUGCCAGUAUGACAAGGUGCUAGGCAUGCAGACCGACCAGGACGAGGUAUGGGCUUCCGUGUUACCUACUGUGGACAAGGCCUUCGAAGGUUACAACGUAACUCUCUUUACUUACGGCAUGACUGGCAGUGGCAAGACGCACACCAUGCUGGGACCUACGCUCAUGGAGUCUGCCUUCGAGGGCCACAAACGUCCAACCACCGAAGGCUUAAAGUCCUCGCAGCAGCGUGGCAUCGUGCCGAGGGUCAUGCAGCAUAUUUUCGAGCGUUCGCCAGAUGCAGAGGUUUUUUUGAGCUAUCUUCAAAUCUAUCAGGAGCGAUGCUACGACUUGCUUCAGCCAGCAACGCUGGCAAAGCCGUUGCGCAUCCGGGAAGAAAGCUUGAAGACGAAGUCCGCGGUUCAAGCAGGCCCAGUAUACGUAGAAGGCUUGACAGAGGUUUCCGUUGUGAACUUAGAAGAUUGCUUGUACCAGCUCAUAGCUGGCUUUGGCAAUGUGGCGUUCCGGUCUACAAACUACAACGAGCAGUCCUCGAGAGCUCACUGCGUACUCACCCUAACGAUCCGCCAGCGCUUGACGGUGAACCGUCAGGCUGUGAUUCGCGAGUCUAAGGUCCGUUUAGUGGAUCUCGCCGGAAAUGAGCGGUGGGUGACAAACGGGCCAUCUCCGUCACCUCAGCAUGCCCGAGAGCUGGCCACCAUCAACAAAUCGCUGCACACCUUGGGAAAUUGCAUGCAGGUUCUGUCUCAGCCAGGCGCAGCGAAGAGGGAAACUCGCCACGUCCCGUACCGCAACUCGACUUUGACCCUGCUUCUUCGGGACAGUCUGGCUGGAAAUAGCUACACCUUGAUGCUAUGUACCAUUUGUUGUUCUUUGCUCUAUCAGAUGCAGACCCUUUGCACCCUUCGCUUUGCGGAUCGGGUGAAGCGCGUGCAGAUGAAGGCCCACGUUUGUGACGUGCUGGAUGUGAAAGAGGCUCAGUCCCAGAUGCAGGCAGAGAUGGAAUAUCUCCGUGCGGUCGUGACGACAGGAGCCGAUGGUCGAGCAUUGGAUGAGCUCAAGUCGCGGAUUUCACAGCUCCAGCAAGCGUGUAGUGGCCUGGAAGGAGAGAACCGGUAUCUUCGAGAGCAAAUCGCCGAGUUGGAGAAGCAAAGUCUUGGGAAGUCUAUGCCACCAGCAACGGGCGGCACCAAAGCAACACGAGUCUUGCGGCGCGUCUGCAGUGAGCCGAGCCUUCCGGGACCGGACCCAUGGUUUCAGCUUGAAGACGAUCUUCAGGACAUCCACGCAGUCUGCCAUCGGAGUCAUUCUAACAUGGGGAGGCUGCGACCUGCUGGGACAUGUCCUGAAGGCCAUGAGCUGGUAGACUUGGGAAGCAGCGCACAGCCAUCUCCUGCAGCUGCCAAGGUGGAGUACACCGAGUGGCACUGUGAUGGUGCCGGUUGCUACGGAAGCUCUCUUGCUCCAGACCUCGGACGCUACCAUUGCAGCCUUUGUCAGCACGACUUGUGCCAGACCUGCUACGACCAGUUGGUGGGUCAGCCUCACCCGAGGGAGCGGGUUCGCCGCACUUCCUUCGUUGUGCCAGUCAAGCCAAAGCGAGAGCCGCCAUCGAGGACCCCACGCCGACCUCUUGCUUGGGAGCCAAAACCAAAGAGUCGCUCCGAAGGGGAGGCGCAGACAGAGACACACCAGGCCGCCCAAGCCCCAGCCCAGAGUCAAGCCCAAGCGCAGUGGGCACCCAGCAAAAAGCAGCAAAGCCUGGAGCGCUUGGAGGAAACCUCCAAAGCCCCAGCACUCCGAAAGUCUCGGGGGCGGAGUCCGCGAAAGCCUCUGCAGUUUCCUCAUCUCUCCGGCCCUGUUGAGACCUCCAUCACCUCCUUCGCUUCAGCAUCCACAGCCUCCACGACGCCCGAACCCUUGCGGAAGAAGCUGCACGCGCAAGCAGAGCAGAGGAGGAGCUACGCACCUGUUCGAGGCAAACGCGCUGCUGCCUCGCUGCCCCCUUUGUCGCUCGCGACACCGGGCGGGGGUGGUUUGCGAAUGCAAGCGGCCCCUUCGGCCCCGACAUCGGCACGGAGAGAAGAUGCGGAGCAGAAGUCUGGUCCGCUCCCUUCAGUUGGAAGGGAAAGCCACUUGCUGAAUGCUUCCGACAAAACCCGGGUGGCCGUGACGGAGAGCCCCAGACUUGACCACGGUCGUGGCCAAUCGCAGCCUCCCACCAAAGCUGUGCCCCCGAGCAAUGUUCAACCUCCAUCUGCUCGGCGCCCCGUGCCUGCAGCAAUGGCAGCAGCAGCCGUAAGCCUUCUGCCGGAGGUUGCACGCGAAGUGGCUCGGUAUGCAGCUGAGAUCGAGCAGUGGAAGCGCCAGACAGAACAGGUGCGGCGGCAGAAGACUGGCGAAGUGACCAGGCAGUACCAACAGCAUGAAGUCACCGUGCAGACACUGAACCAGCGCAUCGACAAGCUCCAGAAGGAGAUCAUCCAGUGCGACAGGUGUGCCAAGUCCUGGGAGGAGGAGAAAUCCAGAAGGACGAAUUCUGCUCCGACAUCGCCAACUGUUCUCCCUGGCCUGGUCAUCUUUCAGAGGCCACUUCCAAGCCAUCACGAGCGAAGGAAAGCCCUUCUGAUCGGCGUGAAUUACUCGAACUCCCAUGCUCCUCUGAAGGGCUGCGUCAACGAUGUGUGGAAUAUGCAGUGUUUGCUGCGGUACACCCUUCGGUACACCCCUGAACAACUGCAGCUGCUGGUCGACGGCGCAGACGGGCAAUCCAGGCCGGACAGAGCCCCGACGAAGGCCAACAUCUUGGCCGGCCUUCAGUGGCUCAUUGAGGACGUCCGUCCCGGUGACCACCUGCUGCUGGUCUUCAGCGGUUACGGUGCCCAGCAUCCACGGACACCGGGCUCCAACAAGUGCGAGAGCUACCUGGUGCCCUCGGACUUCGCUGCAGACCUACCCAGUGACUUCUUUGAGGUGGUUGCCAGUGCCUGCAAGGGCCCAGCGCAGCCAAAUGUCAUAGACCAAACUGCAAAGAUGGCGACGGGUGCAGCGCCAGGUGGCCCAGAAGAGAUCGAAAGGCAGGCGGCCGCCGCACAGAAGGCCCUGGGAAACUCGAAAGCCAGCUACCGGCUUGUCUCGAUGCUGGAGGUCCACGACUUCUUGAGCCAGCUGCCCCAGAGGUGCCGCAUGUCGUUGCUCUUGGAUGCCUGCUACACCAUCCUUCCCGGAGCUGGUCCCGAGAGCAACUCCCCAGCGACCUUUCGGAAGGUUGACAGGGGUCGGGUGGAGUACGACAAGCUCCGCGACUUCAUGAGUCGCCCACGCUUUCUGGAAUUGCCACCCUUGCCGGUGCAACAUACACCUCCACACCUGCCUCGAAGUAACAGCUUUCUGCCAUGCACGCUCCAUUGCUUCUCUGGCUGCAGGCUCAAGGAAUGGUGUGCCGAGUUCCCGAUUGAGGGCUCCGUGCAAGGGGCAUUCAGCUGGGCCUUCUUGAAAGCCCUAGCGCAGGGACACUUCCACGUCGGCGUGUACCAGUUUCAGCAGCUGGUGAGCAAUAUCCUGCUGAACCUCAAGGGAUACUUUCGGCAUAUCGACCAGCAGCCAGUUCUCCAGCUUUCGGCUGCUGCCAGCGCCCAGGACGUGGUGUUGUGGACAUGA